GUGCCUUGGGGCGGGGAAGAACGUGAGGACGACCCGAACGCCGCGGAGUUCAUCCGGGAGCUGGGUGAGGGUGUGCAGGUCUUCAACCUCACAAAGACCUUGCCCGUAGAGCCCUACGGCCAGAGCGGGCCAAAAUUAUUGACGCGCAAUACGACGCGCCGAGCCUGGAAGGCCUCCUUCGAGCGCAUGAGAAACAUCAAGCGCGUGGCCAUGUUGGGCAUCCCGGGUGUCGGGACUGAAGAGCCGCAAUUUGGCGCUGGGCCUCUGGCACGGGGUGACGGGCCAGGGGCUGCCACAAGGGUUCUCGAAGUUCGAGGCCGGGCGACAGGGUCUUCCUUUCCACCAAGGCCUCGGAUGACCAACGGAAGGCUCAGCGCCUUGCGAUCGAAGAUUGGAAGCCAUCAGCCUCCCCAACAACUGGUAUUUGGUGGAUGCUUUCGUGAAAAAACCCACCUUCAAUUUUGCUGCUAA